UGUGGAGGAGCUGCCUCCGGCUGCGGGACGGAGGACGCCGUCUCCUGAAUCGGCCUGCGGGUGGCCCCUGCGCUUCUAUGAGUCCGGGGCCAACCAUCCCGUCUCCAGCCCGGGCUUACGCCCCGCCGACAGAAGGGACCUAGAACCUGGACCUUCAUUCCUCCAUCCUGGGCACUUCAGCUGCAGGUUUCCUGACUUUCCCUCCUACCACAACCUCUGCCAUCUGCAGCCUUCUCUGCUAAAUAGAAAUUGACACCUCCACCUUUGACUGUGGAGUCACCUCCACCUCCAACUCUGAUGAAGCUCAGAAGUAGUGGCUCUUUCAUUGCUGAUGAAAGGAAGAGGUUUUAUCAGAAUGUCAGCAUCACACAGGGUGAAGGUGGCUUUGAGAUAAACCUGGACCAGAGGAAGCUGAAAACUCCCCAAGCCAAGCUCUUUACCGUCCCCAGUGAGGCCCUGGCCAUUGCAGUGGCCACUGAAUGGGAUUCCCAGCAGGAUACCAUCAAGUACUACACCAUGCACCUGACCACAUUGUGCAACACAUCCUUGGACAACCCAACCCAGAGAAACAAGGAUCAGCUGAUCCGGGCAGCCGUGAAGUUUCUGGACACUGACACCAUCUGCUACAGGGUGGAGGAGCCUGAGACAUUAGUGGAACUUCAAAGGAAUGAGUGGGAUCCAAUCAUCGAAUGGGCUGAGAAAAGAUACGGCGUGGAGAUCAACUCCUCCACCAGCAUAAUGGGACCCAGUGUCCCCGCCAAGACUCGGGAGGUGCUCGUCAGCCACCUGGCAUCUUACAACACAUGGGCUUUACAAGGGAUUGAGUUUGUAGCUGCCCAGCUCAAGUCCCUGGUGCUGACCUUGGGCCUGAUUGACCUGCACCUGACCGUGGAGCAGGCUGUGCUGCUGUCACGCCUGGAGGAGGAGUACCAGAUCCAGAAGUGGGGCAACAUUGAGUGGGCCCAUGACUACGAGCUGCAGGAGCUGCGGGCCCGCACCGCUGCCGGCACCCUCUUCAUCCAUCUCUGCUCUGAGAGCACCACAGUCAAGCACAAGCUCCUGAACGAGUGAGGCCUGGGCAGCGCACACUCAGCAGGAUAGAGGCAGCUCCCCCAACCUUCAGGGUUCCUCAGCCUGUGGGGCUGACUUCCUUGACUUUUGGGGGCUCAGCCUCAGCAUCACCCUGAGAUUUCCCCAAGACACAGUGCACUAAUGCGACUGUCCGGAGGUCAGCCUGAUUUCAAACCAGGUGCCCCUGACCUGGCCAGCAGUGAAUGUGGGAGAUGAAUUGUACAACUAACUUUCUCUCGACCCCGAUUUUAUUAAAUAUUUCUCCACCCUGGAAA